AUGGCGCAUAUUCUCUCAUUACCCGUCGUCGGGCAUGAUAUCGUGUACUUGUUAUGCACCGUCUCCCUCGGUGCUAUUCUGGUACAUCUGGUGCCCUACAUCAUGGACUCGCGUGGUCUUCGCGCGUAUCCCGGGCCAUUCCUCGCGAAAUUCACGGAUGUGUGGCUGGGCUUGACCAUCUUCUCAAACACCUGGUCUGAGACUAUCGAUAACCUACACAAGAAACACGGUAUGUCCAACUCUGCUCGUCAUCGGAUAUCUUACUUGGAUAUUAAUCAGCUCAAAGGCGCAUUCAUCCGCAUUGGGCCGAAUUAUGUCUCUAUCGCGGACCCCGCGGCGCUCCCGCUGAUCUAUGGACACUCGAGCGGGGCGCUCAAGGCAUCGUUCUAUGAUGCGUUCUCCAACUUCGAGCAUGCAAACAUCUUUUCGACACGCUCGCGGGCAGACCAUGCGCGCAAGCGCCGCGUCGAGUCGCAGAUGUUCGCCCUGAAGAAUGUCCGCUCACUCGAGAGCACGACGCGCGUGCAUUUUGGUAAGUUCAUGAGCCAGUGGGACGAAUUGUGCAAGUGUAUCAAGGGAUCGACGUCAGAAGGCACAAUGGGCUCGUCGAAGUGGACCGUUAAGGACGGGAGGGUCUGGUUCAACUGCAUGAUUUGGUUCAGCUUCUGGUCAUUCGAUACUAUCAGUGAUCUCGCUUGUGGCUCUCCCUUCGGUAUGAUCGCUGCUGCGAAGGACGAGACUUGGGUCGCCAAAUACCCCAGGGGAGAAGUCAAGACCUUGGAAAAGUCCGCAUUUGAGAUGGUCAAGAUCUCCGUCAUCAACGUGCUCGCUGCAGGUUUCGAGAUAAAUUCUGUGUUAGGCUUUCUUCCCUCUUUCUGGUGGCCGCUGGCCAAAUGGCACCCACGUAUCCGCGAAGGCAACGCUGCUUCGGCAAAGUUAGCGGGCUUGUCGAUCGCGUCUGUGUCGAAGCGCCUGGAGAACUCCGAUGCGAGGGAGGACAUGCUGCAGAGUUUACUAGAGGGCCGUGACGAGGAUGGGAACCCAAUGGGCCCAGAUGAAGUGGCUGCGGAAGCCUUGGGUCUUAUCAUCGCCGGUGCAGAUACUAUCGCCAACACGUCAUGUGCUACGGUAUUCUACCUGGGCCGACAUCUCGACGUCCAGGCUAAGCUCCAAGCUGAGCUCGACGACGCGCUCGCUUGUGUCGACUCUGAAGUUGCACCGUACGAGGCGGUCAAAGACCUGCCCUACCUCGACGCGGUGAUCAACGAGGUGCUCCGGUUGCACUCAACCGUCGGCGCGGGACUCCCGCGCAUCGUACCCGAGGGUGGGCUGAAUGUGCUAGGGCAAACCCUCAAGGAGGGGACAUGGGUCAGCGUGCCCCUUUUCAGCGUGCACAGGAGCGUUGAGAUCUGGGGUGAGAACGCGGGUGAGUUCGUGCCAGAGAGGUGGAUCGACAUGGGGGCAGAACCCAAGGCAGAAAUGAUGCGAGCAUUCGCCCCAUUUUCUAUUGGUCCUAGGGCGUGCAUUGGGCGGAAUCUGGCGAUCAUGCAGCUUCAUAUCAUGGUUGCGACGAUUUUCCGCAGGUACAGCUUUGUGGUUGAAGGUGAUGGUCCUUUAUUGGUUCAAGACAGCUUAGUCAGGAAACCGCAGGAGUGCGUUGUUGGCAUCAAACGUAGGGUGCUCUGA